CUGAGCAACUUCCUCGACGACGGCAACGAAUUCCUCCUCGUUGUGCAGCACGCAGGCACCCAGCUCACUGCAUCCAACAAGAUUGAAGCUACUGAUUCGAAGAAUAAUGUGUUGGUGUUCUUUAAGCUGCGACCUGAUGUGAUUACAGAAGACAAUCUUCAUAGUAAUAUUCUUGUGUCAUCUAUGCUAGAUUCACCAAUUAAUACCCUGUAUCAAGCUGUACGACAAGUUUUUGCACCAGUACUACUGAAGGAUGAGAGAUGGAGUAAAACAUUUGAUCCCAAACUCCAGAAACUUUUAAGUGAGCUUGAAGCUGGCUUGAGUGCUGUUCUCAGAAGAUCAGAUCCUAAUUACACAGGAACAAAAUUCAGUGAAGAUGAUGUGCAAGCUAUACUUACACCAACAGAUGAAUUUCAGUUCUGGAUAGAAUGUGCUCGUCAUGGAAGUAAAUGGUGUAGUAAAGAGAGAGCUUCUCAUUUUAAAGAUCUGUUUGAGGACAUUGCAAAAGAUUUUUACAACUUGGAUAGUCUCUCAUUAUUUGAAGUUGUGGAUCUGGUGGAGACUACCAAGGAUACUGUUGAUGUUGUGUGGAGACAAACAGAACACGAUCCUUAUCCACAGCCACGCAUGCAUAAUCUCUUGGAUGUAAUAGGUGGCUCACUAGGUAGAUAUGUUCAGAGAAAAUUAGCAGCUUUGAAUCUGUGGGAGGAUGCAUUUCACAGUGUUAAAGAAAGUCUAAAGGCUGGCAUCUUGAUUUGUGAGCAAUGGGUGUCAACUUGUGAGUACCUAACUGGACAACUGUGGCAACAUUAUACUCUACAUCCAUGGAAAAGUGAGAAAUAUAUCCCCGAAUCGUUAGUCAAACUUGGCAAACGUCUUGAUGAGGUUCUAACUGUUAGAACACUUCAUGAAAAACUUACAGUCUUUUUGCCAGCUGGAGAACAAAAUAUUUCCCAAGUGUUUGAACCUUUUGCUGGCCUAAAUCCUGUACACUAUAAUCCGUACACAGAGCCAUUAUGGAAAGCAGCAGUCUCUCAGUAUGAAAGAAUUAUUGCACCAGCAGAACAAAAAAUAGCAAACAAAUUGAAGAAAUUUAUUUCAGAAAUUCAGGACAGUCCUCAGCAGCUUCUUCAAACGUUUCAGAAAUACAGGGAACUGAUAAAGCAUCCAAAUAUAAGCAAAGAGUUGCUUUUGGAAAGGGAAACGUUGCUAGCAAGACUUCAAGAUUAUGUCAGAGACUAUCAGGCAGACUUUGAAACUCGUUGCCAUGGUGUUCCUGGUGAUGUUUCUGGACCGCUAUCAGGCAAGAAUCUUUCUGAAGUCGUCAAUAAUAUUGUAUGGGUACGGCAGCUGGAGCUGAAGGUGGAUGAUGCUAUCAAGUUGGCAGAGGCUCUUCUGUCUGACUUAUCUGGAUUUCAAACUUUUCAUCAAAGUGCAGAUUCUUUUCUGGAACAGUUAAAAGUAUAUGAACAAGAACAAUUUGAUGAUUGGUGUAGGAAUAUCCAGUCAGAAUUAUCAAAUCCCAAGUCAGGACUUUGCAUUCAAGCUAAUAGUCCUGUAAUGGAGUUGGAUCACGUUUUUGGAACAUUAAACGUACUUUAUUCAGAUCGUUUGGUGACUCUCCUAAGAGAAGUACGUCAGCUAUCAGCACUUGGAUUUGCUAUACCAGCUAAAAUACAGCAUGUUGCAAACACUGCGCAGAAUUUCUGUAAGCAGGCAGUCAUCUUCAAACAGGUGGCACACUUUUAUAAUUCUAUUGAUCAACAAAUGAUUGAGAGUCAGAAGCCGAUGAUGUUACAGUCUGCUUUAGCAUUUGAACAGAUAAUUAAGCAUUCAAAAUUGGGUCCUGGAGGAAAAGCUCAAAUAACUUGGGAUAAUCCUAGAGAAUUGGAAUCUUAUAUCCAAAAGCUCCAAGCUGCUGCUGAACGGCUUUCCACUGAAAAUAGAAAACUAAGAAAGUGGCACACAAACUUCAUUGAAAAGGUUAUAUCUCUCAUGAAUAUCGAUCUACUUCGCCAGCAGCGGCGUUGGAAAGAUGGACUUCAGGAGCUCAGAACUGGUUUUGCCAGCCUCGAGUCACAGGGUUUCAGAUCAUGUGAUAUGAAAGCUUGGAGACAGCACUGGAAUCAUCAACUUUACAAAGCUCUGGAGCAUCAGUAUCAAAUGGGCUUAGAAGCACUCAAUGAGAAUUUACCAGAAAUAAAUAUUGAUCUAACAUUCAAGCAAGGCUACUUGCAGUUCAGACCACCUUUUGAAGAAGUACGAGCUAGAUAUUAUAGAGAAAUGAAGAGAUUCAUCUCCAUUCCAAAUCAGUUUAGGGGAGUAAGUGAAGCAGAAGAAGAGUCUAUAUUCACUGUUAUGACCGAAAGAAAUGCAAAUGGAUUUCUGACUGCUUUCAGUAAAGCUGAAGAUUUGUUCAGAAGGCUGACAGACGUUUCUAGUCAAUUCAAGGAAUGGAUCGUGAUUGGCCAAGUAGAUAUGGAAACUCUGGUGAAGACACAUCUUUCUAGCAAACAGGACUGGGAAAAAAACUUUAAAGCAUUAAAAGUGAGAGGGAAAGAAGCAGAACGUCUUCCAAGCACCAUCAAGAUAGAUUGUUUAACUGUUAAUUGCAACCCUGUGAAAACUGUAAUUGAUGAUUUCAUCCAGAAGUUGUAUGAUGUUCUUGUAAUUUCUUUGAGAAAAUCUAUUCAAGCUCACCUAUGUGAUGUUUCUUCAUUUCUCACUGAUGCCAUGGAAACAUUAGUGAUUAGGCCCCAGACUGUAGACGAGAUAGCAGAAGACAAUUUAAAGUAUUUAAACCUACAUGAACGAAAAGAAGGGAUUCUUCUCCUGUUUCAAGAGGCUGAAGAAAAAAACAAACUUUUGCGAACUGUGGCUGGUGCAGGUUUGGACACUAUCAGUAACCUAAGGGCUACAUGGGAUAAAUUUGAAUUAAUGAUGGAAAGCCACCAGCUUAUGAUUACAGAACAG